GGACAGCCCAAUUCACUAUGGAAACACCACUCUGGCAGGCGGUUCUGCCAGAAGAAGGUCGACAGAAGAAAGUAGACAGAAGGAGGUCUCUAUCAUAAACAUCAAUCUGGUUCCUGGUGGCAGCACAGACAAUGGACAUCAACAAAACCUGUCGGGGCAUUGCAGGCCAUGGGCACCAGCAUGAUCUCCGGAAGCAGUGUGGAUCACAGAAGUCUUUCAAGGAGAUUGAGGGAGAAUGGUAUUCUGUUGGCUUGGCCUCCGACAAAAGAGAAAUAAUAGAAGAACAUGGCAGCAUGAGAGUUUUUGUGGAGCACAUCCAUGUCUUCAAGAAUUCUUCCUUAGCCUUUCAUUUCCAUACUGUGAUAAAUGGGGAGUGCACCGAGCUGUAUUUAGUUUCUGACAAAACAGAAAAGGAUGGUGAAUAUUAUGUCAAAUAUGAUGGAGACAAUAUCUUUAAUGUACUUGCUACAGACUAUGAUGGUUAUAUUAUAUUUCAUCUCAGAAAUAUCAACAAUGGAGAAAUGUUCCAGCUGAUGGAGCUCUAUGGCCGGAAACCAGAGCUGAGUUCAAACAUCAAGGAAAAGUUUGUGGAUCUAUGUAAGAAGCAUGGAAUUGUUGAGGAGAAUAUAUUGGACCUAACUGGGGUUGAUCGCUGUCUCCAGGCCCGAGAUGGAGGAGAGGCCUGAGCCUCCAGUGUUGAAUGAGGACUCCUCACCUGGACUCCAACAUCAUCCCUUCCUGUGCACACACCAGCCUGUGACAAAUUCUGUGAUCUGAUUCCCAUCACCGUCCUCCAGAAAGUGUAACCCCUGCAUCCCCAGAAUCUUCCCUGAUUGCCUAGGACAACUCAUCUAGAAUCAAAGGUUUUCCUUUAAGUUUCUCUUUGCCACACCCAUGACAACUCCAUGAAUGUUU